ACCGGAAGUACGAUGGAGGAAGAGGAGGAGGAGGAGGUGGAAGAAGAGGAGGCGCACGCGGAAGUGCUGGAGUUCUGGCAGGAAGGCCUAGCCCGCCUCGUGCGGGAUCCGCUGCUCUGCGACCUCCCUGCGCAGGUAACUCCGGAGGAGAUCAGCUCGCAAGUGGCGCUGGAGUACGGCCAGGCCAUGACAGUGCGUGUGCGCAGAGCCGAUGCCCCCGAGGCUCCGUUGCCGGUGGUGGUGGUGCAGAAUGCCAGUGUCCUGGAUCUGAAGAGGGCCCUCCGGCGGUUCGUGCAGCUGCGGCAGGAGCGCGAAGGGGGCAUCCAGCACAUCAGCUGGAGGUACCUGUGGCGCACCUACUGCCUGACCUUCGGCGGAGAGAAACUGACCGACGACCGGAAGAAGCUGAGAGAGUACGGCAUCCGCAACCGGGAUGAAGUCACCUUCGUGAAAAAGAUCCGGAAGUGAGUGAGUCCACAGGCAAGCCUCCUCGGGGCCUUGAAGGGAGAGAGGCCUUUUUGGGAAGGGCAGGAGUGGCAGAGGGGCCCCGAAGCUUCCUUGAAGCCCACAUAUCAACUGGGGGGGCAGAGGCGCCUUCCUGCCUUCCUCCCUUCGGAGGGCAGGGCCAGGUUCCUCUUCUUGGGCUGGGAGCACAGCCGGACCACAAGGCCUUCUGGACCAGUGCUGGCCAGAGAAUGAGUGCAAGGACUUUAGCAUCAUCUGCUGGAUUUGCAAUAAAGCUUGAGUAAUAACU